CAAGCCGUUUAGGCUACAGGAGGCCACAAAGAAACAGACAUACAUACAUACAUACACUCGAAAAACAUUACCCUGCUCCCUUUGGCAGACGGGUAAAAAUCACUGACUUACCUAAAGAGUUGAAUAUUGUUUGAAAGAAUAAGUGUGUUAUAUUUCAGUCAAAAAGUUACGACACUUAUCAAGUCAGAAAACUGUUUUAGAAUACAUUAUUUUAGGACUCUAGGUCGGGCGGCAUAAAGCGAGUACAGACAGCAUCAAUAGUAGCGGAUAGAACAACGUAAGUACCUAAAGUUUCUGCAACCCCUAAUAUUUUUUUACGAAUAAGUAGAGACAUAUUUCAACACUUCGCAUUCAAAAGUAUAUUCCACACUGCAAUUGUUUGACAUAUAUCUUUUUAAGAUUUUUUACAAUUUUUAAAGAAUGGUAAAUACCUACUUUUGACAUAGUCUCAUCCGUAUUGAUUGAUACAGACUGUUCACGAAAAAUAGGGCCCAAGAAAUAGCAUGGUACCUAGGUUAAAACGGGUUCGUGGUAAACUGUGUGGUCAUGGUCAUGUUACGUAAUAAGAUGAAAAUGCUCUGCCGAGUCCGACGAUGUGAUUGUAUUUGUGUACUCCACUCAAUAUGAUAAACUUUGACUGCCUAUAAGCUAACUUAAACUAUAGAGGACAUGGAACUAAUCCGUUCCUUUCUCUCCUACAUAGAAUUUGAACCAUGAUAUGCGACAAGAUAACAUAUGGUAUAGUAAUUCAAGAGAAUCGUAAGAAUCAUUAAAACUGGAUGGAACUUACAGCGUUUCGCUUGCGAAUAGGCAGUAGCUCAUUCAAUAGGCAUCUAACUUCAGACCAGACAGGUUAUUUCCAUCACUUACAGAGCACAUAUUUUCAGGCAACCAAUAUACCUUGACUUUGAGAUCCGCGACAGCUAAACGUAAUCAGCGUUCACGCGUUAGACUAUUUCGUCUGAAAUGAUGUCAGCCAGUCACAAAUGUCACAAUCUACAAUCAGUACCGAAAGCGAGUUGAAACGGACAUGACGCUCUCAGACCCGCUAUUGUGUUAAAAGCCCGGUGACAAUAUAACCUGUAUAUUCACAGUUUUUUUUAAAAUAAACGUAGACUUUAUAUUUACGUCAAAUAAUGACUAAAUUGGUCUUCUGUACCAUGAUUUUGCAUUUAGAUGUGGUUUCUGUUUUAAUCAGUUCUAUUUUUAAAUGUAUUGAGCGUGCGUGAACGUUAAGUGUGUGAGAUUGUUUACAUGCGGUUGUGUUAUUUAGGGCCCAAUGUUUUCGCCAAUUGUUUGAGCAUUUGCACCGAAUUUUGGAUUUUUAAAGUUUUUUGCUCUUUCAGGAUUCAUGGGCGUUUAGAACACCAGAGAACAUGUUUUGCUGAUGUGCGAAAAAGAUUAAAAAGAAAGUAAAGAUGACGAUAACUACGCAUAAGAAUCGGAGGAUCCAGUACCUGGCGGCCUUUUCGGUGUCUCUGGCUUCUUUGACGCUGGGCAUUUCAUCCGCUUGGCCCACGCCUGUGCUACCCAAGCUAAAGAAAGGGGGUUUUCAAAUCAGCGAUGCCGAAAUAGGCUGGAUGAUGGCGAUGUCUUCGCCGGGUUUCAUAGUGGGCAGCCUGGCCACGCGUUUCUUCGCUGACAGGUUUGGUCGGCGAGCAUCAGUCCUGAUCAGUGCGUGCCCCAUCGCCGUUGGCACGUUAGUGGUUGCGUUCGCUCUUAAAGCUUGGCUGCUCUACGUGACCAGGUUUCUGUGGGGAGCAGGAACUGGGAUGGUUAGCACAUUGGUGCCAAUGUAUAUAGGAGAAAUAUCAGAUUCUGAAGUGAGGGCAACGCUGUCGCUGUUCACGCGGGUGAUGUUCAACCUGGGUAGCCUCCUGGUCAUGAGCAUUGGUAUGUUCGUCUCCUACGAAUGCCUCAACUACAUGCUCCUGGUUUUGCCCGGGGCGUACUUCAUAGCUUGCCUCUGGAUACCAGAAUCGCCCUAUUAUCUGUUGAAGAGAGGACGAGUGGGGGAGGCGAAAACCGCGUUGAUGAGACUUCGACAACGGAAGGAUGAGAAGGAGUUAGAAGACGAGCUGGCUCGGUUGCAGGCCGAUGUUCGGAAUGAAACUCGCCGCUCCGGCUCGCUUAAGGAACUGAUGAUUGGUCGACAAUAUCGGAAAGCUGUGAUCAUCGCUGCAGGUUUGAAAGUGACUCAAAUAAUGACGGGUUCUAUGGCCGUGCAGCAGUACUUGAGCACAAUUCUUGAAGAGAGUAAGAUUACAAUGCAGAUGUCUACUGCCGUUAUUGUAUUUGGUGCUGUUCGGUUUGUUGUUGGUAUAAUGAGCUCCAUACUAGUGGAUAGAGUUGGCCGCCGUCCCCUGCUAAUUUACUCUCUCGUGGGCACUGGGGUAUCCUUAGCUGCGGUCAGCACAUAUUUCUUUCUAAAAGAUAUCCUGGAACUAAACCAAGAAUCUCUCAGCCCUUAUGCUUUUAUUCCUUUUGCUGGCAUAAUCAGCUCCACAGUUCUUUCAACUUUAGGCUAUAACUCUAUUAUUUUUGUGAUCCCAGCCGAAAUUUUCCCUUUAAAUGUUAAAGCUGUAGCUCUGUCUUCACUUAGCAUAUUUGGAGGUGUGUGUGGGUUCAUUUUAGCCAAGGGAUUCCAGGUAUUACAGAAUCUGGCGGGGUUCUGCGCUGUGUUCUGGUUAUUUGCAGGCGUAGCCUUUGCUGGAACAAUAUUUACCAUGUUAUAUGUACCUGAGACAAAAGGGAAAAGUCUAAAAGAGAUACAGAUUCUUCUGCAGGGAGACUUAUACUAUGAUGAUGGGUGUGAAAAGUUGAAUGAAGUUAAAAAUGCUGUAAAUAAUGAAUGUGACAAUGAGUUGCAAGAAAUACGUCUGAAGGAGGUUAAUUGUUAAUAGUUUAAUACCUAUUAGUGUAAUAUUUUUAACCAGACGGGCAAUUAAGAUAUCCGUUAAACCAAUUGUAGAAAUAGUGUGUUAAGUAUACUAGAUAGAUUAUUCAACGUCUCAAAAAUAUAGUUUGCAAUCUGAUCUAAUAUGUGAUACUAGGUUUGAUCUCAUUAUGACUUGCUAAUUUUAAUAUGUAUUACAAAACGUUCCGCGGUACCCUUGUAAUUUUCUAUUAUGUAAAACUAUCACAACAUGUUUUCAAUAGCACCGAACGUCAUUAGUUUGUUGAGUGUUAAUCUCUUGAUAUUCUACAAAAGUUUUUUUUAUGCCGCUAAGUAUUUUUCACUGGAUUUUGAUGCUAAAAGGCUAAAAUUCACGGUUAUUCUAUUAAAUAGAGCGAAAAUAGCCCAAUGUCGUAACAAAUACUGAGAAUGGCGC